AUGCAUCGAAUGAUGAAAGAAGAAUCAAGUUUCAGGACGAGCAGCCUGGAAAAUGUGACACGGGACCCGAGCAAAGAAAAGCUGCACAUGAAGCUCUGCAGUGGAUCCUGCCACGCUGAGCAAAUCCUCCAGACACUAAACUCCUACCGGCAGAGUGGCAUCUUCACAGACGUGGUGCUGUUAAUUGAUGGACAAGAAUUCCCCUGUCACCGUGCCGCUUUGUCAGCCAACAGCACAUAUUUCCGGGCCAUGUUUGGUGGCAAACUUAAGGAAGGCCACCAGGAUAUCAUCAACAUCCAGAAGAUUUCUGCUUCUACCAUGUCUCUCCUUCUCGACUAUAUGUAUGGGGGGAACAUCAUCAUUCAGGAGGACAAUGUUGAAAGCAUCUUGGAACUGUCUGACUUGCUGCAGAUCUCCAAGCUCAGAGAUGCUUGUGUCACCUUCCUUGAAGGCCAGCUUCACCCAUGCAAUUGUUUGGGUAUCAUGAAGUUUGCCGAUUCAUUCUCCAUUGUGUCCCUGACAGAAAAGAGCAAGAGGUUCAUGCUGGAGUGUUUUGUGGAGGUGUCGUGCCAUGAAGAGUUCCUGGAGAUGGGUGUGAAGGAGCUGGUUGAAUAUCUGUCUGAUGAGCAGCUGGUGGUCCCCAAGGAGGAAGUGGUCUUUGAAGCAGUCAUGCGCUGGGUACGGCAUGACGUACCUGCCAGGAAGGGAGCCUUGAAGGACCUCCUUGAGCAUGUGCGUCUGCCCCUGCUUGAUCCCACCUACUUCCUGGAGAAGGUGGAAAUGGAUGGACUCAUCCAGGACUCAAAGGAGUGCAUUCCUCUACUGCAUGAAGCCCGCAAGUAUUACAUCCUUGGGAAUGAGGUCAGCUCUUUGCGAUCAAGGCCCAGAAGGUUCAUGGAGCUGGCAGAAGUCAUCAUUGUCAUUGGGGGCUGUGAUAAGAAAGGCCUUCUGAAGCUGCCAUUCACGGACCUCUACCACCCAAAGAGCAGGCAGUGGACAGCCCUCUCCAGCGUGCCUGGCUACACCAAGUCAGAGUUUGCUGCCUGCACACUGAAGAACGAUGUGUACAUAUCAGGAGGACACAUCAGCAGCAAUGAUGUUUGGGUGCUGAGCUCCCAGCUGAACGUUUGGAUCAAGGUUGCUUGUCUGCAGAAAGGCCGAUGGAGGCACAAAAUGGCAACACUUCAGGGCAAGAUCUAUGCUGUGGGAGGCUUUGAUGGUUUUUAUCGCCUCUCCAGUGUGGAGUGCUAUGACACCUUCUCCAACAGCUGGUCAACCCUGGCCCCGCUACCUCAAGCUGUGAGCUCGGCGGCUGUGGUCUCCUGCCUGAACAAGAUCUAUGUGCUUGGCGGUGCUGUGGAUGACACCGCUAACACAGACAAGGUCCAGUGUUACGAUCCAGAGGACAACAAGUGGACACUUUUGUCUCCCACCCCCUUUUACCAGAGGUGCAUCAGUGCUGUCUGCUUGGACAACAUCAUUUAUGUUGUAGGUGGACUUCUCAGUAAAAUCUUCAGUUACGAUCCAAGGAAAGACAGCUGGAGAGAAGUGGCCACCCUCCCUGGGCCUCUGGAGAGCUGUGGCCUGACGGUAUGCGGAGGGAAGAUUUACAUCCUGGGUGGCCGAGAUGAGAACGGGGAAGGCACGGACAAAGCGUUCACUUUCGACCCAAUAACAGGGAGCGUGGAGCAGCAGCCGCCGCUGCAGCGCUGUACCAGUUAUCACGGCUGCGUGACCAUCCUGCAGCGCAUGAACAGAUGA